CGGAACCGGAAGAGUAGCGAGGAGGAGAAAAGAUCCCCUCCGUCCUUUUUACUCCUACUCUUUCCCCUCCCGUCCGUCCUCGUCUCGUUGUCCUCCCUCCCUCCCUCGCUUCUGCGGUGCGGUGCGGUGCGGGAUACGGCCGGGCCAGAUUCAGUCAGCGCCUUACUCCAUGAUCCGGAGGAGCGCCUCACGUGCCGGGGACGACCUCUUCGCCACCCAGUAGCAGCAGGAGGCCUCCUUGCCCCUUGCCGGUUGCCGCGGUUCUUGCUUGUGGAGUCGGGUUUCCAGGUUAGUAGCAUGCGGGAGUGAUGGCGGCCGCCGAAGCGAGGGCUGCCUGGCAACGCGCCGCCAACCGCUGCCUGGUCCAGGAGGAUGCCAAGCGAGCUCCCAAGCUGGCCUGCUGCCCGCCGCCCCUGCAACCGCACGACGCGAGCGAUGGAAGCCCUCCGAGUCCGCAAGACCUCCAUUCCCCUACAUUUAUGCCCAUCAACUGGAACCUGAUGAACUCCAGUCUGCCCAUGGAAACCCAGUGGUGGCUCCAGUUGCAGCCCAACUUUGGGUGCCAGGCAGCCCUUGCUAGGGACCACCUCAACUAUGUAGGUGGGGACGCCGCUGAGAAGAAAAUGGAGGGUUUAGCAGCGCCUGUAUCCAAACUUGAGGAUGUCCAAGCAAAGAAUGCUGCAGAUCCUUUUGAGCCUCCGUGGAUCGUUUCGAUGGCUUCCAUGAAGCAAACACCUGAGACGGGUUUGGAGGAGUUGAAGAAUCUUGCUUUCUAUACCCCAGUGAGCCUCAAGUGCAAAGGAAAUGCCAACAACUGUAUUUACGAGGAUAAAGAGUCUGCAGAGUUCAAAGCUUUUGAUCCUCUGUUUCCUAAGAAGCCGCAAAAGGAACACUGUGAAAUGCAUGCCCCUUGGGAACAAACCAAGAAAUCUCAGCCAUGGUGGCAAGUAGCUGAUGUCGAUGGUUUGGCUUCCCUUGUCGCUGAAAGAGCAAUGGAAAACAUUAUUAACAAUGAUCUACCAAGACCCACUCAGACAGUCCGUGUUCAUGGAGCUGAAGUGAAGGGUCGUGAAAACAAGGAUGAUUACGGGCUGCCUGCUCUUUCUGUGGGCAAAGAGCCAGAUCCUGUACAUGACACUAUGGAGUAUAGCUACAGUGUUUCAAGCACCACCAAUGACACGUAUUCUUCUGAUGGGGGACGUUGGCAACAACAUCAAAGAAAUAAUGUGCCCGGGGAUGCACAGGAUUCUGAUGGUUCCACCAUCAAUACACCAGGCAGCAAGCCAACAUAUCAGAAUGCUUCCGAGAGGGCCAAGCUACUAGAUGCUCUCCGUCAUUCACAAACACGUGCUAGGGAAGCUGAGAUAGCUGCCAAGAAAGCCUAUGACGAGAAAGACCAUGUCAUCAAGCUAUUGUUCCGUCAGGCCUCACACCUCUUUGCAUGCAAGCAGUGGUUGAAAAUGUUGCAGCUGGAAAACAUAUGCCUUCAGCUCAGGUUCAAAGAACACCAGAUAGCAACCAUGUUCCCGGACCUUCCCUGGAUGGUGGUGAAGGAAAAGGUAGCACCUUCUCAAGAGCACAAUGACGGGACUAGGAAGAAAGGCAGAAGGCCAAACAGGAAAGGUGGCCUCUGCAAUGCCGUUGCAUUUGCUGUUGGUGUUGGUCUUGUUGGUGCUGGAUUGCUUCUUGGCUGGACUCUUGGGUGGCUACUGCCGUAGCUGGAAGUUCCAUCAUCUUCGAUAUGACCAUAAAGGUGACAGGACAAAUGCCUCCUGUGCAAACUAAAUUGAAUGGCAAUAGGUAAGCUCCAGCUCCGAGUCUCUGCUUCAUGGAGAGUGAAAAAGGGCAGAUUUUUGGAAUUCUUCCACGGUAGUCUGUUGAUUUGGUGAUGGUAGCUUGAUACCUUAUGUUGGUUCCUGUAUAUAUAGGAUCUGGUGUACAUACUGCCAGAAACUGGAUACCUAGGUUGGUAGUGUGGGUGUGGGUGUGGGUGUGGAUGUGGAUGCGAUGCUUAUCUGUGUGUUGUACAUAGGGUCAGUGGUGGUCUGGUGGAAGAUGAAAUCAGCCGACUUCAACAACGUAUGUGCUAGUACUGUAAAUCUGUAGCUUUUAUUUGCUUAAUUAAUGUAGCAGAAAUUGUGUUAAUCCGUGUAAUGUGUGUUGAACGUAUUUGCAUGUCUUCUCCUAGUGGUUAUGGACCGAGUCUAUUUAUCAUUC